AUGCCCUCGCCACCGCCCGCCCUGCCCUUGCUCCUGGCUGCCUGCUGCCUCUGCGCCCUCCCGCGGGGCUCAGGGUUCCCGCAGCCUUUCUCGCGCUACUGGGACGGUGUGGAGCUGCCCCAAAAACAGCAACUGGCACUGUGUUUCAGUCAGUGGAUGGAAAUGUCCAAUGAACCCCAGAUCUCCAGCUCUGUUUUGGAUCUCUGUUAUUCCAUAUUCAACAGCAUGCAUAAAAAUGAGGAAUCACAGAUUGCUUCUGCAAAGUUUACAAAGAAGGACAGUCAUGGGACUCUGGGACGGCCUUUUUUCCUUUUCAGGCCUCGAAAUGGAAGAACUAUCAAAGGCAGUGCUCAGCCCCCUGAGCCAACCUGGUUGCAAGAUGCAUUCCAUGCUUCCAUACUCUAAAAGAAUACCAUGGAAUAUGAAGUUCAUGAGUUGAUUUACCA